UUUACUUUUUAUUUAGCGGUUAUUUUCUAAUUUCUCUUAGUAAUGUAGUAUUAAACCAUAAUUCCUCACAAACAACGCUUUUUGGAGCACAGAAUAUCAUUAAAUCACAGAAGUACCCUGAUUUCAAUGCGAGUCAACCGAACCUAGGCUAAUUGUGAAAAGUUUUCCGACAAGCUUGUUCCCAGGGCAUCUUUUGAUUUUUUAUAUUAGUAAGACCAACUUCGUCCUCAGAACUAUUUGCUUCUCAACAGCGCUGUUUGAUAGUUUUGCCGCUACGUUAGAAGGUACUGGGGUCGAGCUUGACCUUUAACAUCAAAAAGUGAGAAACACCCUGGGAACGAAGUUGGUAUUUUGACUAGGCUGUCAGCAGCAACCUUGUCCCGGGCCUCUUUUUUCGUUGACUUAAACGCUUUCAUAACCGCAACAAAUAAGGAUUAGAUGCAUAUUAACUGAUCAGUAAACUUUUGCCUAUUUUUGUCUGACAAAAAGACAUAUCAUUAAUAACGCGUACUUCUUAUUAUCUUUACCAAAAGGAUUUAUUAAAACGAUUAACUAUUCCACAGAACCCCGGACCUCGGACCCCUAGUAAACAAAAGUCCGGUUUUUUAUCAGAUAAUGCAUUAAGAGAAAAGAUAAUUUUUUUUUUGUAAAAUUCAAUACAUCUAAAAGAGAGAAAAGAAUUAAACAGUCCUGCACUAUGGUGUCUGAGAGCUGCCAAACGAAAAAAAACGCAUUUAAUAAAAAAAUGUAAAAUUAAAUUUAAAUUGGUUGUGAAAACAAUUUUAAAAUAAAAUGCAACUUAAAUUGCUUUAAAUUUUUAAAUCUAAAUCAUUUUUAAAAUCAUUUUUGGCCGGGAACUGCUAUUAUAUAAAUACACUCCCCCGCAGAGCUUGCGCGGGAAAAGUGUAAACAAACAUGGCGCUUGUAACAAAUGGUUACCGUUUCGACAACGAGUUAAAAAAAGUUCUUAGCACUUAUGUGUUGCAAGGCAUGAAGCGAGUCGAGAUAAUGGACUAUAUGAUGAGAGAUUUCUCUAAAUACAAAUGGAGUCUUAGAACCCUAGAUAGACGUUUAAGACACUUUAAUAUUUACUACACUGACUAUGGAGUUAGCAUAAGCAAGGUGACCUGCAGUGGAGAAUGAGAUGAAUGGACCAGGGAAAUUGCUAGGGUAUAGGGCAAUGCGAAAUAAAAUGCGACAAAAAUAUGAUAUAAAGGUACCUAGAAAGAUUGGAAGCUUGUCAACCUGGGUUUAAAGAAAGCAAGCCAAAGUAUGCUUUACCACCAAAGGUCCAAAUUGGUUUUUAUCUGUGGAUGGUCACGAUAAACUAAUGGGGUUUCAAAACAGUACCUUUCCUCUGGCUAUAUAUGGCUGUAUGGAUAUAGCCAGUAGAAAAAUGCUGUGGCUCAAAGUGUGGGCAACAAAUUCCAAACCCGAAAUCAUAGGUCGUUGGUUUUUGGAAUAUCUAUACGAGACAAGAAUGUUACCAUCAUAUUUGAGAAUGGAUAGAGGUACAGAAACUGGAGUGAUGGCUACUAUGCAAGCAUAUCUACGUAAUAAUAAGGGCAAUCUUGCUGACCCAACUGAUUCUGUUUACUAUGGUCCUUAAACUUCGAACCAGAUAAUUCAAUAGAGUGAUGUCUUCGAGAGAAAUAUUGAGGAAAGGAAUUGGUGACAAGGAGAAACGUAAGGGGAAAAAGAAGCAAAAGACAGACCAAAAGGCUGCUAGCAUAGAUGAGGCAUCCUUAAAAUCUGCUGUUAAACAACUGAGAAAAGAAUUAGUUCAAGAUGAGGAGCUUCGCAAGACUAUCAAUACCCAAAAAGUGAAGAAGCUGGUGAAGCAUAUAUAUGAAAAGUUUAAUCUUUGUGAGGUAGAAUUUAAUGAUCAAAGUGAUCAGAAUGCUAUCAGAAGCUAUUUAAACGAGAUCUUAAUACCAUGCUUCUCGUUAAUCAUUGAAUUGGAUUGUGUAUGGUACUUUGUCUUAAUUUCUUAUAUUAUUAUUUCCAACAAAAUCCAAUUCUUUUCUGAAGAAGAAAAGAAUGACAUUAUAUUUCGAUUUGCAAAUUGCAGAGUACGAUUGAAACUGAAUAUUUCAUUGCCUUUAAAGGCAGAUACUAAAGAAAAAAUUUUAGCCAAAGAAGAAGAGAAAUCUAAAUUUGGAUGUUCUGAUGCCUGUUACAUUUUAAAGAAAUUAUCACUAUCCAGACGAGAUGGAGAUGUAGACUAUGUUCAAAGAAAAACAAAAGGAUAUUUCUAUUUUCUUGAAAAUAUAUAUGUGAAGCAUACAUCAAAGCUUAGAGAUUCUGAUCUUACGUGGUUAAUAAAAGAUCUUUGGCCCCCAAGAAUUGAAAGUGUACUAUGUGAUGACAAAGAAGUAGUUGCUGGUAUUGAGGAUGCACUCGGGUCAAGAAUUCUGCCCUUUAAGGUGACUCAGUUUUUGUUUAAAGAAUUGAACUUUGAGCAACUAAUUCUCAAAUGGACAGAUGGUACCAAAGAAGAAAUUCAUCAUAAGCUUCUUAGUAACUGGAGUAGUGGAUCAGGGUCAAAGAAAGACUAUAUGUACAUUUUGAUCCAUAUGAUUUUUGAUGAAUAUAAACAGGGUAACAUAACACUUCUGUUUGACGAACUUAUUGAUAUUAUAGUAUCUCAUGUAAUGGAAAAGGGAGAGAUAUAUGUGUUUGCCAACUUGGAUUUUGCAUACUUUUUAGAACUGUGUUAUACAAAAGAUAGUGCCAUGGCCAUUUUCAUAUACCAAAAAAUGAUUGCUAAUUUUCACAAAGCAAGUGAAGCCUUUCCUGUUUCAUGUAGGUCGUUACAAAUUAUGAAAACUUGGAAGAUGGAAGAAAUCUUAUCUGCUGCUUUUGUAGACAAUCUUAAUAUGAAAUCACUUGAUGGGUCAGUGGAUAAUAUCAUCACAAUUAUGACCUAUUUAUCUAACCGUCAUGACAUAGAUGUUUCUUGUAAUGCUUUUUGGAAUUGUUUCCAACAUCAACUAAGUUUAUCUGUCACUUCAUCGUGGAUGGCUUGGCUAACAUUUCUAAUGAAAGAAUUGACCAACAUCACAAAAAAAUCAUUGGAAUCUGGUAAUGAGUCAUUGCUUGUAACAAUUGAAGUCAUAAGCAACAGGCUACCCAAAGAAAAUUGCCUGCCAGAAGGUUUCAUAAAGUGGUUUUUACAGAAUGCUACCUUAAGCGAUGUGGUAUUACAGAAGACUUGUUUGGGUUUUAUUACAGAAGUCAUAGAUCACCUCAAGAAAAUACCAGAGAAAUGUGACAUAGAAGUUCCAUUUGAACUUAUUCACAAAAUGCUUUCUUCAGCACAAAGCACAGACCAUCUGGAGGGGAUACAUCUUUUUUCACAAUUGUUCAUGUUACACCUGAAUGAAGGUUUAUCAACUGGAUUUUAUAAGUUAGAUAAAAGCCAAGAUACUAUAAUAAAGAUCUUCUUUAUUUGUUUUAAGAAUGGAAGUACUGAUAAAAGCGACGUUACUAUAAAUAGCGAGAUAACUUCUGUUUUUAAAGUAUUCUUAAAUUUUUUGUCAAAUCUAAAGGUUCCUGUUGCAGUCUCUAUUCUAAAGAACUAUAAGUCAGUACAGGACUUAUUGAUAAAAUGUUUUUGUACUAUUCCUGUUAGCCGUGCUCUACUGAGGUCAGCAAUGCAUGCCAUCAUGUCCCCUGAUUUGGAAUGUUUAUCAUUUGGCAUACUGAAAGAAGUGUUCAGGCAGUUAUUUGAUUCUACAGAACAUGGGAAUGAAUUAUGUAUUGCUGAUAUAUUUAACAUGUUCUGUGAAACCCUUAUUAAAGGAAACUUAAAUAAGUUUUUGCCUGUUUUUACUGAUUUCACAUUUGAUAUCAUAUCUGGUUUUACACAUAAAAACCUGUUUAUUAGAGAAUCUUGUGUCAAAGCUAUUUCUUUUAUAAUGAACUUGGAGAAAGACGUAACUGUCCGUUUGUUGACUAUGGUAAAUAAAAAACAUGUAAAGAUAGCAAAUGUGGAAGACAUUAUAAAAGAAAGAAAUUUGGAGGGUGUAGAUGUGCUAAAUUUAUUUUUUAAAUCUUCCCUUGAAUGCAAAGAGAGGAAUUUAAAGAAAUUAACAAGCAAAGAAUGCAUGUCAGAAGUGAACAAACUAACGAGUCAGCUGGAGUCCAAUGCAAAGACACAAAAAAUAAAAAGCAAGACGUUUGAUGUUAAACUUAACACAGAAGGGAAUGUAUUAAAGAAAUAUUGUUUGUAUCCGGAGGCGCUAGUAGAAACUGAAACCCUUUGUAAAAAUCUUUCCAUAAUUAAAAAUGCAAUUAAAAAUCCAAUUAAUCUACUGUUGCAAGGUGAAACUGGUGCUGGAAAAACAGCAGUUAUAAUGGAAGCAGCCAGACGGGCUCAAGCGCCACUAAUUAGGUUCAAUAUGUCUUCGUCCACAACAAUAGCAAAUAUUUGUGGUGCUGCUGUACCAAGUGAGGUUAAUGGAAAAGUUACGUUGCAUUUUAAAGAAGGGCCAUUUACGACAGCCUUUAGAAAAGGUGCUUGGUUAUUGUUGGAUGAAUUCAACUUGGCUCCUGGAAAUGUUUUGUCGUGCAUACAAAAUGCAUUGGAUACUGAAGUACUCUUCCUCCCCACUGAAUCUAUUGAAGUUGCUGAAGAUGGAGUUGCUUCAACUGAUGGUGAAAAGCGUUACCUUCAAUACAAAAAGCACCCUGAUUUCCAACUUUUCUGUACUCAGAAUCCUAGCACUGGUUUAUAUAAAGGAAAACGAGAGCAACAUUCAUCAUCAAUGCUAUCAAGAUUUACACCUGUGGUUAUAAAAAGUCCAUCAGAGAAAGAAAAAGAGUUUAUCAUCAGAAGUCACCUUGAAAAGAAUAACAUAUCUGGCUCUGUUGCACCAACUGUAUCAAGAAAAAUAUUAAGCAUUCAUCAAGAAAUUGACCAAUUAUUUAAAGACAAAUUAUUCACUGAGCGUAACUGUGCUUAUUUAGAGUUAACUUUGCGAGAUGCCAUUAGAUUUGCAGAAAGAGCUCUACCAUUACUCAUAAAAGCAAACAAAAUAGAAGACGUAGACAUGAAGGCACUUGGCAACAUUGCUUUUUGUAUUUAUUGCUCACGCCUAAGAAAUAAAGAAAAUCGAGAAAAAGUGGAGAAGAUAUUAACCAAGAGUUUACUCUUAAUUGAGGAUGCUCAAGUUAGACUAACCAUUACUUACAACAAUAAAGAAGGUAUCGGGACCUUAUGCCUAGCAAAUUACAGUAUUGAUUUUGGCAUCCCAACUAGUCAAAAUGAUGAACCUCAUGAUGUGUUUUGUAACUCAUUAUAUCAAAGUAUAAUGAUCAAUGUUUUAACUUUAAAUAAUUCUAUUGUUCCACCUGUUGGAUACGAUGCAUUUAGGUCCCUUCUAAACACCAUGAAGAACUGUUCAAUCUCUCUAAAAGAUCGAUUAACCAUAUGCUUUAAGCAAAGUUUAAGUUUAACAAACUGCAAGGAAACACAAGAAACUGUUAAGAAUAUAUUUAUCAAAACUGCCAAGGAUGUUUACAAAAAGGAUAAAGCAAAUAACUAUGGCAUAGGAGCUAUUCCAAAACCCAUGAUUGGCCUAACAAAAAAUAUGAAGAGGUGUUGGUUUCAGAUUCUUGGUGCUUUGGAUAAUAGACAGCCUAUAUUAAUCUCAGGUCAAAAUGGUUGUGGAAAAUCCAUGUUAAUUGAAUCUCUUGGUAAAGUCUUGCACAAGAAAAUGCUUCAUCUAUACAUUACACCAGAAACAGAGCCCGAUAUCCUUGUAGGAAAUUUUGUACCUGAAGGUAAAGGUGUUGUGUGGCAGGAAGGUCUGGUUACAAAAGCAGUAAGAGAUGGUUAUUGGAUCGUUCUUGAGAAUUUAUCUGAGGCACAAAGCACAGUAUUAGAAAGGUUAAAUUCUGUCUUAGAAAAUCCUCCUGUUUGGACUGUUACUGAAAACAUUGAGAAAGGUGCUGAAAUAUUUAAAGUAAACCCAGAUUUUAGAAUAUUGGCAACAAUGACACCACCAAGUGGUAAUAGAUCUUCAGAAUGCCUUUCUGGUGCCAAUGUCACAACUAACAAUGAACUUUCUCCAGCGUUGUAUAACCGCUUUGCUGUAAUUAAUCUGACUGAGCAACAAGUUAGCAGAGAGUCUCUUAGUACAAUGUAUGAUGCUUUAGCUGGUGGUGAAGGCCCCCUUAUGAAUUACAAAAAAGACAUAGUAUCAUUGUUUCUUGAGCUAUACGAUCUUGAAAAAUCUCCUUUAAAUUUGCACCAUUUCACUAAAACUGUUAUAGGUGCAUGCAAGCUAUUUCAUCAUAAUGUAUUGAAAAUGAAUGUAUCAGGUGCUUUGUAUUACAGUAUUGACCUUAAUAUGGUUGGUCCUUUCAAAAGGUCAACACUUAAAAAAGGAGAAGUUAUCACAUUAAUCAAAAGGUUUUUUCCUGGCUAUCAAGCUGAUACGCAACUCUUUGCAACAAUUUAUGAUGAUGCAGAAAAUAACAGUGGUUAUGUCUUAGACAAAGAUGGUGCUAAAUCGCUUUAUGAGAAUGCUUGUUUAAUAUCUGCUUCUGUUUUAUGUGAUUCUCCAGUGUUACUGGAAGGUCCUGCAGCAAGUGGAAAAACAAGUCUUGUUAAAUUUAUAUCUCAGUGUCAUGGCAAGCUAUUAGAACGUGUGAAUAAUACAGAAAACACGUCAGUUGCUGACUAUCUUGGAUCUAUUAUGCCUGAUGGAAGAUUUGCACCAGGCCCUUUGGUUAGAGCAAUACAAACCGGAAGCUAUUUUCUAGCUGAUGAAUUUGAUCUUGCUGAGCCUGCAGUAUUAAAUAUGCUGUAUCCCAUACUUGAAGGUAAAAAGAAAUUCACAUUACCAAAUACAGGCCAGGUGGUUUCUGUGGCAGAAUCAUUUCGAUUCUUUGCAACUCAAAAUGGUGUUGGUUACUCUGGUCGAAAAGAAUUGCCUAAAAGUCUUAUGUCACGAUUUACUCUAAUCACAUUCAAUGACUUUACCGAAGAUGAAGUUCGGUUUAUUAUUGAAAAACGAAGUCUAGCCCUUUUAAAUUCAGAAAUGCAAUGCGAAAUAAAGGAUAAUUCUGUUUUUCUUGCCAAAGCCUAUUCUGUCAUCAAUGAAUCAAUUAAAAAGUCCUCAAAACCACUUUUUGGAGCAGGUGUGAAGCUAACGAUUCGAGAGCUAUUGAAAUGGAUCAAGCGUAAAUGCAUUUAUCGUUAUGACUGGGGUCUCAUUGGAUUUGAUCUACUCUAUACAAGAGUACGAGAAGAGGAUAUUCAAUUGCUAGCUUCUUUACUUUUAGAAGCAUUUCCAAAGUGCAAUGCUUUAAAAAAGCCAGAUUUAUGUAAGCCAAAUGUUAUGGUAGAUAGAAAGAGGAUGCAGCUGAUUAACAGAAAUAAUACUGACCAAAGAUUACCUAAUUUCAAAAUACCAGAUAAAGAUAGCGACAUGUUCUGGAAUAUGCUAACCAAUUCCUCACCACUAUUUUUAGAAAAACUUUGGAAUGUUUGUAUUGCUAUUUCUUGUAAUGAACCUGUACUGCUAAUUGGUCCAACAUCCUAUAAGUCUCAUUUAAUAAAUACAUGGUGUAAGAUGUACCAAAAAGAGGCCAACCAAGUCAUAGUUUUAUGCAACCAAGCUACCGAUUCUGCAGAUUUUGUUGGUAGAUUAAGGCCAUAUUCCAAAUUAGAAUGCUUGAACUUGCUAUGUAUUAUUGGUCACCAGUAUUCACUUGUAUCAAAAAAUCUUAUUGAGGAAAAUAUUGAUGUUUUGUGUGGUGAAGCUAAAAUCUUGACUGAUUUUUUACUGACAAACAUUCAGCCAGUAAUUAAAAAAUUAGAGUUGGCAGUAAGUGAAUUCACACUUAAUAUGGAAAAUGGAAAUUUGGAUACUUCCACUUCUGCAAGUUUAUCAUCAAUCCAUACCGACAGCGAUGUGUCAGAGAGCUUGUCUGCAAGUGGAGAAACAGAUUAUGGAGAUAGUUCAAUGUUUUUCAGACAAGACUCAAGUGCUAGUUCUGUCAGUGAUGAAAUAUCAGAAAAAUUAAGUGUAUAUUCAAAUAAAAGUAGCGACAAGUCUUCAUCAGAAAUGGAUGAUAUUUUUGAAAGAAGCUCUUGCAUUGAAAUAAAAACACAGCUGUAUGAACCUGUUGAUGAUGAUAAAGAUGAUGAUGGUAUUGAUGUUGGCUAUAGUGAAAAAGGAAAGAUUGAUUUAGAAGUUAAACAAACCAGUGUAAGUGAUUGCGAAUCCAUUGGUGAUGAUUUUGACAAUGCACAUGGAUAUAUUUCAGUUAGUAGUUCUGACUCGGAGCUAUCUUACAGUAAUGAGACAAACUCAAAACAUUCAUAUUCCAUGUUUUCUCAAACUGCUGAGCAGUUGCGUCAAAAAAUGGAACAAUUUUUAAAAAUACUGCAUGCGAAAUUGGACACUGAUAAUUCACACACAAACAUGUUAUCCAUUGUCAUUGAAAAAUAUAAAAGUGUAUUUUACCAAAUUACAAGUCAUGAUAGUGAAGAGACUGUCUUCAUUUUUCAAGAUGGACCAUGCACAAAGGCAAUAAAGGAAAAAAGUGUUUUGAUUUUGGAAAAUGUUCAUUUGCCAUCACAGGCUGUGACUGAGCGAUUGAAUAGUCUGCUGGAGAUAGAAAGAUCGUUUGUUUUACAUGAAGAUCUUACAUUAAAUAACAUGGCCUUUUCCAAAUGUUCAUUGCAGGCUUCCCUUGAAAUGCCUAUAUUUGCAACUGUUCAUACUUUAAAAAAAGUUGAGCAGACAAAAAUCAAACUAAGUCCUGCUAUAAGGUCAAGAAUGACUGAAAUAGCUGUGCAACCAUAUAUAAUUUCAGAUCUGUUAUCUCUGUCUGGUCUGCAAGCAAUGGGUAAUGAUCAAUUUGCUAAAGCCUUGGAAGAAUCCAUUAGCUUGCUCAAAAAACAAAUUAACAUUACAUCAAGAGAUGUCGCUAAAUUAAGGGAUUUCGUCUAUUGUCAAAAACAGACUCAACCUAAAAGUGACGACAGCAACAAUUUGAAACUUAUUGUAAUGGGAAUAGCUUUUCUUUGGAUUGAUCAAGUUUCUAUGAACAAGCAGGAGGCAUUAUUUGAUGCCAUCAUGGAACGAUUUAGUGUUAAUUCAUGUGAAGAAUUAGUUACCAUAUUUAAAGGAGAACCAGUGAUUGACACAAGAUGGGCAGAAAUGUGUGACAGAGAAGGAAAGAAAUAUGCAGGUCUUUCAAGAACCCCUUUUUAUUGUUCACUGGCACCAGAAACAGAUAUUAUCAAGCCUUUAGAUGAACUCUAUCUUUCUAAAACAACUUUCAAAAACAUUUGUAGAAUAUUUGCUGCAGCUGAGUGUGGCAUGAAUUUGCUGUUAAAUGGACCACCUGGCGUUGGAAAGACUAAAAUAAUACAAGAAAUGGCACAUGCAUUAGGGUAUGAAUGCGUUCGUAUAAACUUCAGUGCCAACACUACUUAUGAAGAUCUAAUUGGCUCGUUUAUACCUAAAAUAGUUAACGGGAAAAGAACUUUUGAAUUCGUGGUAGGAAGUCUGCUAAGAGUUGUAAUGAAUUCGAGUAAAACUUGGAUUUUAUUAGAUGAAAUUAAUUUGGCACACCCUGUUGUUUUGGAAAAGUUAAUACCAAUAUUUGCAUCUAAUUCAGUAUUGCAUAUUGAAGCAACAGGGGAGAAGGUGGCUAUUAACAAUGUCCAUAUUUUCGCCACAAAAAACCCAGAAGCAGUUGGCGGUGGAAGAAAUAAACUUCAUGAAUCUGUCUUAGCCCAUUUCACGGUAAUAAAUUUGCAAGAAUUUUCAGAUCAAGAAAUAAGUGAGAUUGGCCUUUCAAAAUUUUUACCACUGAAUAGAGAUGGUCCUGUAAAUAAUGGAUCAAUUCCAAAAGAGCAGAUUCCAGAAAUAUUAAAAUUUCACAUUGAUUCAACAAAAAUUACGAAGAAAAGCUCAGGCUGUAGGGUGAAAUUUAAUUUACGCGACCUAGUAAAGUUUAUUCGUUUAGCAGAAACUAAUUCAGAAUUCCACAAACUUUCGAUUAGAAAUGCAGAAGGACCAGCAGAAGCAAUUGAUAUUGAAGGAAUAAGAAUUCAGUUAGAACUCAUUUAUGCAAAAGGGUUAAGUCGAGAAGAAGACAGAGAUGCCAUACAUGCUUUGAUUGACAAGUACUUCCCAACACAAUUGGUGCAUACUGAAGAAAAUAUUACUACUAUUGAGCAGGGAUUGCAAGGUUUUGUUCGUGUUGGAUAUAUUUAUCUGAAGAAGGGCAAUGCAAAAGCUGAUAUAGUUCUACCAUAUUAUUACACCAAAACAACAUUAGAUAACUUAGUUUCAAUUGCUGCUGCUACACGAACUGGUCAUACUUUGUUAUUGAGAGGAGGGAAUUCUUCUGGAAAGACGUCACUAAUUUUAGAGUUUUCCAGACUUACACAAAGAAAGUUAAUCUUGUUUCCAAUAACAAAAGAUACUACUACUAGUGAUCUUAUUGGAACAUGGACUAUAGGCAAUGAUACCUUUUUAGCUCAAAAGGUAGAGGCUUUGAUGGCAAAGAUUAUAAAUAAUCUCUUAGAAAUUGGUAUUGCUUUUGGAAACUUAUUGAUUUUUUCUGCCAUCUCAAAUUUUCACAUUAAACACAGAGUUUAUUUCUCAAAAAUGUCUGAUUAUUCUCGCUUUGAAGAUGUAAUCCUUGUUGCAAACGACCUUUGUAAUGCAGUUCAUUCCCUUGAAUUUAGUUCCAGUGAAUUAAAGGAUCAAAAUGUGAAAAAAGUUUUGUCUCACUGUGCUGAACUAGAAGAUAUUCAAACAACAGAGUUGCAAAAGUCGAACGUAAAUUUUAUAUUUGUUGAAGGACCACUGCUCGAGGCAGUUCGCAAUGGCUAUUGGUUUUUAUUGGAUAAUUUGGGACAGGCUCCAGGGGAUGUUAUGGAAAGAUUAAACUCACUUGCUGAAUCUGAUCCACAGCUUGUUAUAUUCGAAGGUGGUAAACAUGAAGUGUUGACAAGACUGAACGGUGGAAUUCACAAAGAUUUUCGGCUAUUUGCAACCCAUAAUACUGACAAUUCUAGGAAAAAUAACAUCAGCGAUGCAUUUAUUAAUAGAUGCAUUGUCAUAAAUCUUACCGUAAUUGAUCUUUACCCUCAAUUAAAUGAAAUGGCUGUCACAGAUGAUGCUCAUGAAUUUGACAUGAAGGUGGAAAAUAUGGAUGCAUACCAGAUACUCUGCAAACAGCUGGAAAUGAAAAUUCAAAAUCCUGACCAUGUUGCCGAGGUCCUUGUUAAGCUGCAUCUAGAAAUAAUUCAGUUAUGCCAGAGUAAUCAGAUAAAAGUUAUGAGUGGAUAUAAGUACAGUUUUCGGAAUAUACUAUUGGCAGGAAAUAUUGUUUUAAAUUGCUUGGAAGAUGAUAAUUUCACAGUUGCAGAAGCAGUUACUUAUGCUAUUCUUAGAUGCUACUGUGAUCCAUUGAUCAACCCUAAAGACUCCUACAUUAUUCUGAGAAAAUAUGUAAGCUUUCUUCAGAAAAAAGCAACUACAAUAUCAUCGGAUAUUCGAGCCGAUACUGAUAAUAUAUCUAAGGCGUUGGGUCUAGUUGAUCUUUUUGGAGAUAUUGUCUCAGAUAUAAUUUUGUAUGCAUUUUUAUGUUUAACAAAGGUUUUUCAGUGUAAUCAUGGCAUUAAAGAAGUUGAGCACUCAUUAAAACAAUAUCUAGAAGAAUUGCAACACCUUUUUCAAGCAUAUAAUUCUGAGAUAAAAGAAAGACAUGAUAUAGAAUUAAAAUUUGAUUAUGAUGAAUGGAUAGAUUGUGACAGUCAUGCUAAAGCUGCAAGUAAUUGGUUAGAAAAGCUAAAAAUUGUCAAUAUAGUUAAAAGAGACAGUUUUGAAAACAUUGAGUAUAUGACCGAAUCUAUCCGAUUUAAGGCUUCGGAUCUUGCAACGAAACUAAACAAUUUUGUGGUUUCUACUUCACUGGUUGGUGCCCGAGAUAAACUAAACCAGUUACAAAGCAUAAUUUUACAUUGUACAUCCAUAAAGAUCAUCCUUUCAUCCGUGAUAUCAAUACUACAGGCAGAACUACAAGGGCAAACGCUGAUUAGCAAUGUCAGCAAAGUAUUAAAUGCAGUAUGCAAGUUUAAUAUUGCAGAAACAUAUCGAAGCUUUUUAAAUCAGUUUUCUGCAAGUGGAUACGAGCAAAUCCUUCAGUCAGUGACAAAUGCCAUAGAGGAGUCAAAAGUAUCGAAUGAAAAAACAGAUCAUGCAAAUCAGCAGUUAAGUGUUAUUGCUAAUAAUUUAGAGAAGGCCUUUCACUUACCCGUGAUCAGUGGUAAAAAUGUACGAAAAAGGGCUAUCGAUGAUAUGAUAGCAGCCUUUCCUGAGCUUGCUCUAAAGGAACAAAAUUUAUAUCACUUUGCAAAAAUAGAAUUUUUGUCUGCGAAAUUAGAUUGUAUAUGUAGAACACCUGAACUCUUACUACAGAAGCCCAAAGCUGUAAGCCAUAUAUCUUUAGCCCUGCUUUGUAAGCUAAAUUGCUUAUAUCUACUAGAUGAUAUUAUACAACAGUUGUCCAAAAACCUCCGUACCAUUGCAGAACAGAAGCAAAGCAUACUAAAUCUUCAAAAACGUGCAUUGAAACAUACAACAGAAGAUAUUCACUCACUGGAUCAAUUAAUUGAAGUGACACAUUCUGAACUUCAAAUUUCUGAGACACACACACUUGGAAAAAAGGUCACAAAAAUCCUAAAACCAGCCUAUGAGGACGCAUUUUCUGUUAGAGAACAUAAAAACUACCAAGAUCUAACCAGGAUGAUACAAUCUAUUAAUGAAUAUAAGAGAACUGAAGUCAUACACAAAUGGACAUGCAUGUAUAACGAAGAGAAGAGUAUUAUGUUUUUUAAUGGAUCGUUUGGUUUUGCGUUUAAAAAAGAGGAUACAAAUAAUGUUCUCGACGUAGUGUCAUUCUUUAUGGUGAUUUUGUAUGAUUUUCAAAAGAUGGGCAUCAAAUUCCAUCUAGUUGUUUUGGAGGAUAUUGAAACUGAAACAGAUAAAUGUAUGACUGCUCUCCUCAAUGUACAACACAGAUAUUUAUUUAUACUAAGUCAAAGUGGGGCUAGUAUAAUUGUUGAUCGCGAAUCUAUGCAGAGCGUGAAUAGUUGUAUUGUUAAGAUUUUUGUGUGUUGCAUACCUAGUCAGAAAGUUUUGCUGAAGCAAGUUGUAUUAAAACUACAACGUGGUUGCCACAAGGUUGGAAUGCGAUACAAAACCUUUGAUGUUGUCAUUAACAAUCUGUUUUUACAUGCUGACUUAUACACAGCAUCAUUAGUAUUACAACAGUUUUUUUCCAGUAAAGAAAUAUUCGAAAGAGAGGUUGUAUCUUUUCCGGAAUCUUCAUUGGAUGAUUUGAAGAAAAAAUCUCUUGCAGUUUUGCAAUCAGCCGAACAUCUUUACGAUGUAUUUAACGAUGUCGAUGUAACUCAACUAUUCGUUAAAAUUGAAGACAUAAUUGAUAAGCUGGAUUUGAAUGAAAAAAAUGGAUAUACUUUUGCUGAGUAUGUGGAAGAUGUAUUUCAAAAUGGUCUGAGGAUAAUCACAGAGCAUCACACUAAUGUUAAACGAGAGCUUCGUCUUUUACAAGAAAAAUUUCAACCAGAAUCACUGAACGAAAAGGCUCAACUAUAUGUUUUAUUAAAAUCAAAUUCAGAUCAACUUAGCUGGAUGAAAGCAGUCAAAGAGCUAAUAGAAGCUUUGUUCGACCAAGAAGUUAAUCAAUAUAUAGUUGUCCACUCUUUUAUUGAAACAUUUCAGACAAACUUGAACAAAUUGUUUGUAUAUUCUUUAUCUGUUAGAUCUGAAAAUACCUAUGAUUUUUGCACAAAAGCAACAAAUAUAUUAUCAGAUGGCUUUCUGCAAAUCAUUAGUAAUAUCAGCGUUUUUGACAAACAACUGAUUAUAACAACUCAAAAACUCGUAUCAGAUGUGAAAGAAAUGAUUGGUAAAUUAGAAGAUUUAUUUAAAUAUCACUCAAAUCUUGAAGUGAGUGGCGAUAUAUCUUUUGACAUAGAUGCACUUGAAACUUUAAGCGCUUAUGAAAGUAGAUGGAGACAUGACUACAGUAACGCUAAUACAUUUGAGGCUUCUAACACAGUCGAUAGUAGCUGUUCUAAAAAAUGGUCAUGGAAAUUGGAUAUUUUUGUCAAUGUUCUGAAAGGUCUAUGUAAAACUGCAAUGAACAAUGACCUUCACGACCUACUUCAAGAACUAGUAGAGACAAUAGCAGAGGUUAAGGAUUUGUACUGCAACUGCUCUACAGAAAGAUAUGAUAGAAUGCAGGAAACAGUUAGCAUAUUAAAACAAAAAGCUUUGACCAGUCUUAAAGAAAUUGAAGAAGAAAAGAAGGAAACAAAUCUGUUUUUCUUGACUGGAAUCGAAACAAUUAUUCCACCGUUAGAUAUAACUAAAUCUGAUAUGGUGUUUACUAAAGAUGAAAAACCGUCAUUACUGAGCGAGCACACAGUAAAACUUGAUGAAAUUUUAGAGACACUUACAAACAAAGAUGAUGUGUCUAAAUCUCUUUCUGCUGCUGAUUUUGAUACCAUUAUUAGAUCAUAUAUUGGUUCCACAAACGUUAAGCUGGCUGUAGAAAUUGUUUACGGAAUAUUACAAACUAUUCUGACCUACGAACUCGAUAAAACAAAGGUUAUGGAAAACUUGGUAGAGAUUGAAAACCUCUUAGAUAUUCCUGAUGCCCUCCUACUCGUGUUUCGCCUAAAGAGUUUACUUAAACAAGAUGGUUUUAUGAAAGAUGAAUUAACCAUGGAACUGACAUCUUUAUCCUCUCUUCUUCGUCAAGAGCGGUUACAUAUGUUGGAAAAGCUUGACAAAGGUUCAAUACAUGAUUUAGUUGAUUUUGUUUGCAUUCCGAAUGGGAAAGUUUCCUUGAGACAGUUCUGUGGUAGACUUACAGAAUUAUUGAAAGUAAGAUAUUCCUUAACUCGUCAAUUGCAGCAAACAUCACAUAGCAUGAUAAUAAAACCACAGUACAUCACUAUGAUGGACUUCUUACCUACAGCAACAGAUUCUACGGACAUUUCUUUAGCAUUAAACCCAGUAGAUCCAAAACUUAACGUGAAUCAGGACAUGAUUUUACAAGAGUUAAAAAAAUUAUUUAAAACAAAUUCUACACCAUUGUUUUGUGACCAUUUUGUCAAACAACUGAGUGAUAAUUUGUAUGAAACCGUUGCUGCUUCUGUAAAGUUAAGCAAGGAAGUUAAUGACCAUACCUCAAUAGCGUACUUGAUGUAUUGCAAUGUCAAUUUUUUGAAUAUUUUAACCCAGUUUUGGGCAGACAUAGAGAGUAAUUUGUGCUUUCAUGAAUCAGUGCUGGGAGAACAACAAACAGUAAUACUUGGUGGUCAAGUUUCAGAAAUUUUGUCAGAGAAAAAGAAAAUACUUGAUUUGGACCAAAGUCUAAAAGAUGAAUUGGCGAACCUGGAGGAGGAUUUCAAAGAAAAAGAACAUUGUCACCUACAGGCAAUGCAGUUGAACACAACAGAUUCAUAUUCGACUGACGAUGUAUUUUCACGACAGAGCAUUUUAAAGAAUGAAAAUGAGAAUUGGGAAAAGGAAUUUGAAAGAUAUAGUAGUAAAAAAGAACGUAUAAGAGAUAAGUUAAAAGAAAAUCAUGACAUAUUGAGAAAUGCAGAAGAGAGAAGAAAAGAGAUUGUCCGAAAUUCAUGUGAGAUGUCUGCGAAGGUUGCACAAGAGUUAGGACGCAAGUUAGCAGUAUCUUUUGACAGCGUUUUAUUAAAAAUUGAAACUACGUUUAAAUCUUUUGAAUCUGGAUCCUUAAUUAUACGUAGUAAAGAAGAUGAAAAAAAUCAAAAAAAUCAAGUAGAUUAUAUGUUUAAAACUAAACAUUUUUACACGUUAAUCAAGAUGCUAGAAGGCGAAAGUGAGGAAAACAAACCCCUUUCUAAGUUACGGGAAGAAUUACUAACAUUGGUAAGAGAUAUGAACGAUUUAUUUAGCGAUAGUAUGAAAAAUCUUUCUUUGCACACCGGGACUUCGUCAAAACUUUUUCUUGUUCUGGAAAAAUAUAUGUGCUUAUCAAACUCUGUAUUUUCAAGUUUGCAAAGACUUCUGCAAGAGUUACAAUUUAACAUAUUCUUAACACAGAAAGAAAAGUAUGUGAGGCGACAGUUUAAUUCAGUUAAAGCAAGGCUGUCACCCAUUGUUGCUAAAGUACUUAACGACAAAAAAAUGUUAUGGAAACAAGAGUACAUUUCCGUGCUAACACAGUCAUACGAAGAAUUAGAUACUCUUAGUAAGGAAGCGAUAAAUGGAAACAGAUUUGAUCAAAUUAAUAUCUCGUAUCUGCUAACAUUUUUUUCAAGAUUUCUUUUAUAUUGCUUGCAAAUUACUGAUGAGUUUAAAUGUGAUGAUAGCGUGACUACCAAGAUAAUAAAAACAUCUGGAUUGACUGAAAAACCAAAAGGACAUGCAGCAUGCAGAAAUCUGUUUAACAGUUUGACUGUAGAAUACCGAUCACUUACUCUUUCUACAGACUCAAUAUCAGUACACGCUAUUGGAGAAGAAAUCGUUAAAACCUGCAAUGCUAUAUUUUCUGACGAAACAAAGAAAGCAAAAGGUGUUGGAGAACGCGUACGGUUGGGAAAGACUGAUGUCAUUAAAACGUUAAUAAAUAUUUUCAACCACGCAAACAUUUUGCAACAAUAUAUGGAAAAGCUAUUAAACCAUUAUAGAGGAGACGUUGUUACUGAAGAAGAAUUUGCAAGUCUGCAGUCUUGUGUUUCCGCUCUUGAUGCACUCUCUAGCAUUUCUUGUAAUAAUUAUCAUUUACCAAUGGUAGAUAUUGGAUUUUAA